AUCUAGUGAGUAGUGUCUUCUAAUAAACCUCAGUAAUAUUAAUUAAAUAAGUUAAAAUAAAGUAGCAUGAAUCGCUACCGCUUGCAGUUGCAGUAUGUUUUGCGAAUUGUUUAGUGUGUAUCUUGAGCCUGACGGCAUUGUAUUUUGCCUGGGAUUGAAUGGUGCAGCUUUUUGAACUCCCGAGUGCUAUUAUUAUUUUUUUGGUUUAUCCUAUAGUUUAUAAUAAUAAAGCUGUAUAUUGUGUAUAUAUAAAGUACUAUUAAGUGGGUGCAAAUUGUGAGUUCACUGUGCAGUAUCGUUGCGUGCUUUUUUUCUGUUUCUUCGAGGAUUCAGUCUCAUCCCAUCCAAACCCCGAGCAGAACUAUAUGCAAUCAUGACAGGAAUCUCAGCAGAACCUCAUCGCAUUGUGAUACCGUUCCGGAGCCACGUUCCUCUAGAAUACUCUCGCGUCAAUUAAACCAAAGCCCAGCCCUCAGAGGGCCAUAUAUUUGUAGCCAAAGUUAGUGUAAGAUGUCCAACAUGCCGAUAUACAGCCAGGUGGCGCCGAAGAUGCCGAAGAAGAAGCCGCCGAAGGAGAAGACGAGAGAGUUCGACCCGCUCAACUACAACCACGGCGGGAACGUUCAGCUGCUGAACGCACCGGCGGAGAACAGAGUUGAGAAGCUGGAGCGGCGGGAAGCGAGGCGCAAGGAGGAAGCGAAGCGGCGGACGCAGCGGAGCGAAGCCAACGAGGGGAAGGUGGAGGCUUAUCUGAGGCAGAACCAGGUCAGCAUGAGGCAGCAGCAGCAUCGAGUGUCCGCCGUGCGGCAGGCGGAGCACCGGGUCAACUUGAGGUCGCUGCCCCUUCACGAAGUGUCCGCCCGUGUUCACGAUCGAACGCCGACUGAGCGACACCGCGGCUUCCCCGGCGACAGAGAAGCGCGGGAAACUAGGAGAGAGCGGGACAGGGACAGGGAGAGAGACCGGGAUAGAGAUAAUUUCGAUUUCGACGGCAUCCCCCUCAGUCCGAGCGCGGCCCGGCUCGAGCGCGAGUCGUCCCGUCCCGUUCGCAAGUCGUCGUCUGCGCAGCGAGUGAGUGAGACGGCGAUAUCGUCGGAGCAGCGCCGCUUCUUCUGCCGCGAGUGGGUGUUCCAGAAGAUCGCCUACUGUCUGGAGCAGCGCGCCACCAGCAAGACCUGCGGUGCCUUCAUACUGGGUAACGCCGGCAGCGGCAAGACGGCGCUAUGCCGCGAGCUGUCUCAGCCGGGCCAGGGAGCGCAGGCCAGACAGGCGCGGGCUCUCAACCGCCGGCUCCUGGCGAGGCACUUCCUCCAGGGUCCUGGUGACAGCAGUGAGCGGGCCGGAGAGUUCAUCAGGUCGCUGGCGAUGCAGAUAUUGAGUAACUCAUCGCACGCCAGACACUGCGACAGGGAGCACUCGCCCAGAGGUGACCACCUGCAGCCCAGCAACAGGAACAACUCCGAAGAGAACCUGAUACAACGGCUCCGGGACAUGGGAGACGAUGGGGAGGACUGCGCUAAGCCGUUGCUGGCAGAUAGCGAAGAUCGGACGGAUGAAGACGAAGGCGGCUCUAACCGGCGCCGAACAAUAGACCGGCUACACGAGAGAGACACCUAUAUGGACUGUAUGGCCGACCCGCCCGAUGUGCCGGAAAUACUGCCGCGGAACAGCACGAUACCGACAAACCCGUUCAUUGGCGAAGACCAAGAUCACUACGAGAACCACGAAAACCUCUUCCUGAGAAAUAUAUCCCAAAGACAGUCGAAGGAACUCAGGAACUCUCGACUCUUACGUCAGAGCUCCGAACCGCUGACGGAAAAGAAACAGUCGCAGCUACUGAAAAGUCACUCGACGGAUGUAGAUGAUAAGAGUAGCCCGCCAAAAUCUCGGAUACCUGUCGCCAACUUCCGGUAUCCCAACAAGAGUGAGCUGAAGACCUCGGCGGAGAGUUCGCCGAAGAAAGACCGAGAGGAACUGCCGGAGUAUCAGAAUAUAGUCAACCCGGUUAAGGACGACGCGCAGACAGAUAUGGAGAAGUUGUUGGAGAAGAAGCGCGCUGAAGUGGAGAAAAACCCACCGCCGAUACCGACGCUGCCGAUCAGUCCAAGAACCCUGAUAGCCAACGCGUACUACGAGAAGCUACUCGGCGACCCCGAGGUCCAGCAGGCGCUGCUUCCUUCCAGCGUGGAGAGCAACCCGGACGAGAGCUUCAAGCGCGCCAUCCUGUUCCCGCUGCUCGAGAUAGACCCGCCCAAGCAGUGCCUGUUCCUGCUCAUCGACGCCAUCGACGAGGGCCUCAAGAAUGGUAAAACAGAGAACGACUGCUCAGUGGUGGGUCUGUUGUCGCGACACCAACACCUGCUGCCGCACUGGCUGCUGCUGGUCGCCACGGCCCGGUGGAGCUCCUCUCUCGCCGCCAUGUUCACAGGGUUUCGCAAGAUAACGCUGGACGAGUUGACACGAGCACACGUGUCAUCGGACGUGCAGAGAUAUGUGCUGUCCAGGCUGGAUACGGAACCCAGGUUACGUGCCCGAGUGUCGAGUGACUCGGCGGCCGCGGCGUUGGCAGCGGCGGCACUCGACCAUCUCAGGAUAAAGAGUGAUGGCUGUCUGCUCUAUCUGGAGAAGGUGCUGGACGGAGUGGCGGAUGGGUUUAUUGCGCUGCGUGAGAUCCGAGAGAUCCCUGGCACUCUCAACGGCCUUUACCUGUGGCUGGCGCAGCGGCUGUUUCAUGGCCGAAGGUUCACCAAGUGCCUCAGGUGCGCCUUCUGCUGGAUGUUCUGCUGGCGGCGCGGUGUGGCGUCACCGAGGAGAUGCUGUACAAGUGCCUGCUGACCAAGGAGUACAGUGUCACGCGCGAGGACUUCAACCGAAGGCUGCAUCUGUUAAGGCGGAUACUGGUGAUGGACCGCUCGACCGGUUACCUGUCCAUCUUCCACCACUCGUUCGCGGCCUGGCUGCUGGACGUGAAGCACUGCACGCGCCGGUACCUGUGCAGCGUGACGGACGGACACGCCGCUCUGGCCAUG